GUUUGUAGUAAAGUGUAAAACAGAAAUGUGAUGAUCUCAGAACUCGAGGAGCCGCCUUCCCCUUCCCUCGGCCCAAUUCGGCAGUACAAUGACUUGAAAAGGAUUUCUACAAAAACUGCAAGGAUGGAGUCGAAGGGAAGAGGCGUAGCUCCGUUUGCAUCAAUUGAAGAUCUGAGUGACGAACACGAGCAAGAGAGUCCACCGGCGGGGCCGAGCCUCCUCACACUGCCGGGGGUGGACGGGGCUGCGGGGCCCAAGAUGGGGGUCCCCACCCCCCGCAUAGACAUCUCCAGAGCCAGUAGUUCCUCACACCAGGAUGACAGUAGUCCUGAGCGUGACCUCUUCACUGGAGCCGAGGGAGCGCCCGUAGCCAAGCUGGGACUGGGCUUUACGGAAGAGAUGGCCCAGGAACUCCGUAACAGCACUGAGGAACUCGAUUUCCAAGACCCAACGGAACUCGAGACCAAACAAAGGCGACGGAAACUGCAUCAACAACAGGCUGUGAACAAAUACGAGCUGGAGAUGCAAGGUGACAAGGAGGGUAAGGAGCGGAAGGACUCGGCCUGUAGUGACACUGGGCUGCUAUACAUCGGCGGCCGCACCAGUCGGCUGUCCUCCAUCGGUUCUGCAGCUUCAGGAGGCUCGGCGGCCUCAGGAGUGUCUGCAGCAUCGCAUCUCUCCGCAGCCUCACACCUUUCUGCGACCUCCCAGCUGUCUCGCGCCUCACGAUGUUCCUCCCCUCACAAGAUGCUGCUGGAGACAUCCUUCUGCGGACCCAAGCCCAUCCCCACCGUGAGUCUGGACGCAGAGUAUCCGCCCAAGGAAAGUGUGGAGGCUACACUGCUGGCGCGGCAGACAGACCCGACGGGCGCAGUCUUACCACAAGAACACACUAUGGUUAAUGGGAAAAGUAGUAGAAGAGAAAAAUCAAAGUCUACCAAAGGAUCGAGUAGCACUCUUUCUGUCACGAGAGAACCCAGCGUCAAGUCAGAGAGUGAAAAGUCCAAGAGCGGAAGGGAGAGCAGAAGUAGUUCCUUUCAUAGUAAAACUUCUCGAACAGAAGCUCCUAAAGAUGUAGAGAUAGUUGUACCAGUCAAAACAGAGGAUGAGAAAGUUACUCCGACACACAGGAAAGAACCUCCGAGAUUACCUCCUGGUAGUAAUGCAAAAUUUAUAUCCUUAUACAGUGAAGAAGAACCGGAGCAGCCUGUUGUACCUGUUGUAACCGUUAGUCGGAGUAAGAGUAAAACAUUGCCUCUGGAACCUGAUCAAAGGAUAAUUUCUCUUCAUGAUGAUGAGCCUGUAAAGAGUGAGCAGAAAAAGACCUUACCCUUGGAUAACGACUCAAAAUUUAUUUCAUUGCAUAGUGAUCCAACACCACCGCCUGCUAAAUCUCCGGUAAGUACGAGCAAACGGAAAACACCUGUUAAAGAGAUGAAGACUUUACCGUUACGUAACGUAGAGUCCAAAUCUACUUCCGUUAGUACUAGUAAACGGAAAGAACCAAUUAAGUAUGAGGGUGACCAAAUUUUUAUUCCUCUUACGGGUGAUGAAACUCCAAUUGUCCUGAGUGGAGGUAAAAAACCACAUACGACAACAACAACAGUAUUAGAAGGUGAUUCUAGAAUAAUACCUUUACAUGGAUCCCCUGAUGAGGAGGUUGAUAAAUCUAGUAAAAGUUUUAAUAAUAUCAUACUGGAUAAAGAUUCGAGAAUUAUACCCCUUAAAGGAGAUGAAAUAGAAAUCCACACCACAGCAAGAAAAAUUAAAGACACAGAACAACCCCUACCAAAAGCAAUGCCACCUAGAAAGAAACCAACAAUACCACCGGACGCAAGUGCUGUCAUCAUUCCUCUACACGGUGAUGAAGAAAUAGUUGCUUUAGAAAUUGAAACUGAUCGACCCUCUUCCCCUGAAUACGGGAUUUAUAUUCCACUGAAGGGACCUCUUCCAGAGGGUGCAGACUUUACGAAAAAAUCGCCAAUGGAGACAAAGCCGAAAACUAAACAAGAUACCCUCGCUAAACCGAAAAAGUUAGAUGUAAAAGCUAAAGGAAAGACUCCCAAAACGUCACCGACCACGAUUGAUUCAAAACCUUUAAAAAAGAAAACAGACGAAGAACUAGUAAAAUUUAUCUCUCUUCAUGCAGAUGAAUCGGAGAGACAACCUAUCAAAGUUGAGAUACAAGAAGAUUUUUUGGAUGAAAAAUAUGAUUUGAAACCCGAAGACCUUCGACCGAAAUCUGUCAGUCCGAGUCCAGGUUAUCAUUCUGAUAUACAAUCCAUCCAACACGCUUACUUCAAGCCUGACGACUCAAAUGUGUACUCGAGGAAGCAUUCCACAAGUAGUUGUAGAAGUCCUGAGUUGGAGGGAGUUAAAGUGAAACCUGCAACUCUUGAUCUGACAUCGAUCCUUCGACCUUCAAGACCUGUACAGAGCCUCACCCAGUUGACCAGGGAUGAGUCCCGUACUCCAUCACCGGCUGCUUCUAUGUCUCGAGCAUCUCUGUUCCGACGUAGCUCAGAAUCGUCCAGCAGCACCAAGAGCCGAGCUUCCGGUAAAAAGAAAAAGGAAAAAUACAAUACUAUAGCUGGUAACAGAAGUCAAAAUAUUUCUUCCGAGUUUCGAACAAGAAAGGAUUCUAAAAACAAGUCUGUCUUCUCGUCACUAUUCAAGAAAGGAAGCAGAGAUUCUGUUAGACGGAAGAGCGAAUCGUCAGAGAAAACCACUCCCAUGGACCCGAGAUUAGCUAAAGUAGAAUUCACCUUCAACCAUCAGGGUCGUAGCGGAGAACCUGACCAGAUCAUCAUCCCCCUCCACUCCCCUGAUGAGGUCCCACCCCCUGAGGUGACGGCUCAGUCCAUAUCCGAAGUUGUGGCCGCCAUAGAAGAACUUAAGUCCCAACCAAUAGAAUCUCCAGUGCCUACGCCAACCAGUUCCUCAGCAAGAAAGAAAAGACAAGACCCAUCACCCGAAAAGACCGCUUCAGAGGAAGCACAAAUCGAAAUUAUAACACUGACAAAAGAAGAAACAUGCGAAAUAAAAAUUGAAACCAAACCAAUCAAUCGUGAAACCGAGGAGAGGUUGGACAUUAAAAUAAAACAAGAGAUUGAAAAACUACAAGAAACAAUAUUAGAAGAUACAUCAAGUUCGGUUACAAGUAUAAAAGAAGUUGUCAAAGUAAAACAAGAAUUGGAGGUGACUCCUAGAUCGAGUUUGGACGCAGAUGUUAGCCCGAAGUCCGAGACGAGCGGGGGAAGUGUGAAGACACAGCUGGAGAAGCAGGAGUCGGACCGGACUGGAGUGAGUUCCGAGUCUGAACCUGACUCAGAUGCUGUACCGAUAGCUCCAGCGGCAGACGACGAACAUGAGCGAAAGGGAUUGUUCCUGCAGCAAGAGUCUACGGAGGAGGAGCUGCCUUACGUGCCUACAACUCUGCCUCAGGAGAGAUCAGUGGCCCAUCCCAUCAUCCCUGUGAAGCAGCGAGUGCCCGAGGCGGUCAGAACUUGUCCCAUAGAUCGGCCGAGGUCCACGACACCAAUCGACCCGUCCAAGCUUGACGAGUAUGUCUCCAGCCCUCACGAGGACCCUUCUACCUCAUCCAGGGAGAAGAUGCAAAUAGUUCUGCCAAGAAAAGAAUCAUUGAGGGAGAGAUCGAAAAGUCCUCACAAGCCAGGAGCUAAACCGUGGACACACUUUGCCGAGCAGGGACUCCAGAGUCCACGCGAGUUGAGACACGUUUCCUCCCCCUCGCCACCACCGCUGCCGCCUCGCGCGUGGGUGUGUUUUGACGAGGUGCCUGAGAGGCGACGGACGCCUAAGCGCAUCACUACCUUACCUUCCGCAUCUGGAGUUGUCUACAGCUACGUAAACCCUGAAGAGUGUAGUUGUGAGUGUCACGAAACCCAGGGAUCGGACGGCGCUCACUGUGCCUACAGGACCUCGUAAACUUACAGGAGGCUAACAGCUGACAGGAGUGAAGUAUAGCAGAGGGUGAAGUGAUGUCUUUGGGUGUUUGGAAUCUUAACAGGGAAUAGAAGAUUGGUGAAACAAAUGGUUGGAAAAAAUUAUGCAUUGUUUAAACAUCUGAAAGUUCAUACUUCACUCUCAUCUGGGAUUGUCCGUCCAGAUGUAAUUUGUCAAUUGGCUGUAUUUAAAUUAAUAAUUGUGUCCAACAAAAGAGUAGUAC